AUGAAUUAUUUCAAUGCUCUUUUUGAUCAAACGAGACAAACAAAGUCUGUGCAAAAGGGGUGCUCUGAGAUCACAAUAAUCAUGGUGAAGGCCGUCGCAGUCCUCAACAGCAGCGAGGGUGUCACUGGCACCGUCUACUUCACCCAGGAAGGAGAUGGUCCAACUACUGUUACUGGAAACCUUUCUGGCCUUAAGCCUGGACUUCAUGGCUUUCACGUCCAUGCCCUUGGUGACACCACCAAUGGUUGUAUGUCAACUGGACCUCAUUUCAAUCCUGUUGGGAAAGAGCAUGGUGCACCUGGAGAUGAUAACCGUCAUGCUGGUGAUCUUGGUAAUAUCACAGUUGGCGAAGAUGGCACUGCUGCUAUCAACAUCGUUGACAAGCAGAUACCUCUUACAGGACCACAUUCCAUAAUUGGAAGAGCAGUAGUUGUCCAUGCAGAUCCUGAUGAUCUUGGAAAGGGUGGUCAUGAACUGAGCAAGAGCACUGGAAAUGCCGGUGGAAGAGUUGCUUGUGGUAUCAUUGGCCUUCAGGGUUGA